GCCAUGGGCACGGCGCUGGAGGUCAAAAUUAAGCGGGCCAACAAGGUGUACCGUUGCGGGGAAGUUCUCAGUGGAGUGGUGGUCAUAACAAGUAAAGAUGCAGUCCAACACCAGGGAAUCUCUUUAACAAUGGAGGGAUCUGUAAACUUACAACUCAGUGCCAAAAGUGUGGGUGUGUUUGAAGCCUUCUACAAUUCUGUUAAGCCUAUCCAGCUUAUUAACAGUACUGUAGAAAUGGUAAAACCUGGAAAACUUCCCAGUGGUAAAACCGAAAUUCCUUUUGAGUUUCCACUGCAGGUAAAGGGAAACAAAGUUCUCUAUGAAACUUAUCAUGGAGUUUUUGUCAAUAUCCAGUAUACCCUUCGGUGUGACAUGCGGCGCUCUCUCCUGGCCAAGGACUUGACAAAGACAUGUGAAUUUAUUGUCCACUCCCUACCUCAGAAAGGUAAACCAACCCCAAGCCCGGUGGACUUUACUAUUACGCCUGAAACUUUACAGAAUGUUAAAGAGAGGGCAUUGCUCCCAAAAUUUCUUAUCAGGGGCCAUCUCAACUCAACAAACUGCAUCAUAACACAGCCACUGACAGGAGAGUUGGUGGUGGUGAGCUCAGAAGCUCCAGUUAAAAGUAUUGAACUCCAGUUAGUACGAGUGGAAACCUGCGGCUGUGCUGAAGGUUAUGCUAGAGAUGCCACUGAGAUUCAGAAUAUUCAGAUAGCUGAUGGAGAUGCUUGCAGAAAUCUUCCUAUUCCAAUCUACAUGGUGUUCCCACGGCUUUUUACCUGUCCUACACUAGAAACUACAAACUUCAAAGUUGAAUUUGAGGUUAAUAUUGUUGUCCUCUUGCAUGAUGAUCACCUCAUCACAGAGAAUUUUCCACUGAAGCUCUGCAGGAUGUGAAUAUUUAGGACAAUC